AUGAUGCAAGCUUUUGAAAUGUCUAAUCUUGGUUUUAUGACAUAUUUCCUUGGAAUGGAGAUUACACAAGGAAAAGAUGAGUUUUUCAUUUGUCAAAAAAAGUACGCAAAGGAAAUUCUCAAGAAAUUCAAAAUGGAAAAUUGCAAAGAGAUUAGUGCUCCCGUGAACCAAAAAGAGAAACUAAGUAAAGAAGAUGGAGCCGAAAAGGUGGAGGAGACAUACUUCAGAAGUUUUAUUGGGUGUUUGAUGUAUCUUACAGCAACAAGAUCCGAUAUAUUGCAGCCAAAAGAAUUGUGCGUUACAUCAAAGGAACCAUCACCUAUGGAGUCAAGUUUCAGAAGUCAACCUGUGAAGCUUUGUGGGUACUCCGACAGUGAUUGGGGUGGUUCUGAAGAUGAUGCAAAGAGUACUUUAGGGUACUGUUUCAGUCUUGGUUUUGGAAUUUUCUCAUGGAGUUGUAAGAAACAUGAUAUUAUGGCUCGAUCUGCUGUCGAAGCUGAGUUUGUGGUAGCUGCAGCAGUAGUAAAUCAAGUAUUAUGGCUGAAACAAAUUCUGGUUGAUCUACAUAUGGAGCCGACUGGAAGCAUCGAAGUAUUCGUAGAAAUAAAGCAACACUAG